AUGUGUGCGAUGGGAGCCCGGGAAGCCAUGCAGCGAGCAAACGACAUUCAUUCCAGCCACCAAUGCAGCAAUUGCGGCAAGGUGUACAUGCGGCGGGACUUGCGAGAUCGUCAUAAGCGCCGCUGUAUACACACUUUCACCAAAUCCAAACGGUCGAAGAGACGGUCAUGCAUCGCAUGUGUUCUAUCGAAGCUGGGCUGCGAGCAAGAACAGCCAUCAUGCCGCCGUUGCUCGAAUCGCAACAUCUUCUGUGAUUACGUGGGAGAUACAACGAACAAUGUCAUCCGUGGAAACGGUGACAUAAGCCCACAAGCAGCCACUUUUGAACUGCUCGGGGGUCAAGUUGCAAACGGCGAUGACGCCAACUCGCCAGCCUACGGCACCACCGAAAGCGAGGUCGUAACACAGUUCUAA